AUGACAUAUGCAUUUAUAAUCGUGGUGUCAGUUGCUGUUACUUUAAAGUUGUUGUUCCUAAGUUUUUCGUUGUACGUAACGUUGAACGACCCCGACCCUCAUGUGCAGAAGUUAGCGAAGGCAAAAAACGGCAACACGUCAUGUAUGUCAUCAAAGUGGAAACAAGUUUCGCAAGUUUUUCUGUCUAAUACAGACCAUAACAAGACUAACACGUCA